AUGGUGGAGGAAAGCAGCUCAAAACACUGCCACCAGGAGAACGUGGCUCCCUGGGGAACAAAAGUACUUUCUUUAAAUGGUGGCAGACGUGUCGAAGGAAUAUUGCGGGGAUUUGACCCCUUUAUGAAUUUUAUGAUAGAUGACUGUGUGGAGAUGGCAACUAGUGUGCAACAGAACAGUAUUGGAAUGGUGGUGAUGCAAGGAAAUAGUAUCUUCAUGUUAGAAGCAUUGGAACACGUAUAAAUAAUGGUUGUUCAGCAGAGAAAUCUGUGUCCCUUCUCCACCUGUUUAACUAUGACAUAAAAAUUGGGUCAUGUAUAUUUUUAUAUUAAACUUUCUGUUAAAUAAAAUUUUAUUUAUUUAUUUUUGUGGUGCUGGGGAUUGAACCCCAGGGCCUUAUGCAAGCAAGGCAAGCACUCUACCAACUGAGCUAUAUCCCCAGCCCUAAACAAACUUUAAUAGCCCCAAAAUGCACUGAUACAGAACUUAGUGCAGUAUCUAACAUAUCAAGUUCCCAGUGGGUUUGCUGUUAUUAUGAUCUCUUUGUCAUUUUCCACUUGACUGUAAGCUUCUUAGAGAAGGAGUCAGUCAGGUUUUAUAUUUAACACUUCAGUGAAAUCAACAGAAUUACCCAUUGGUAAUUGUUGGUUAUUAGCGAUGGCCUUAACAUAGCCAGGUUUGGACAAAAGUAAGAAAUAAGUGGAUUUGGUUAGCGAGAUUUACUGACUAUAAAAUAAUUUACAUAGCUUUGGGUCAACAACUACUCAAGAAUGUCUUCAGACCAUGGGCCUUCAUUAUAUCAACUCCUGGUUGAAAGGGAACCUGAUUAACAAAGUUGGGUGCACUAUCCCCAUCCUUAUUUCUUUAUUUUAUUUUAUUUUAUUUUUGUACUAGGGAUUAAAUUAAAAGCCUGGAGUAAGGUUAAAUACACACUCCACCGGAGCUACACCUCCAGGUGAAUCUUUUAAAAACAUUUGAAUUGGCUAUGCCAAUGGGACAUUCUUUGAUAAAUUUGAGUGUAUGUGGCAGUGAGUACUAUCAACUCCAGUCAUAGAGAUAAACUCUACUGGUGUUAGUGAAAACUCUGCUAUUGAUGUAGCACACUUCUGACACUCAGAAGUUCACUAGCCAAGACUGGCCUCCGCCCUGAGUUUUAAUAGUGUGCACUCCGAUCCUUAUUUAUAAACUAGAAAACCAGAGUGUUGAUAUGGAUGUCCUGGCUUCAAAAUAUUUUAAACAUGUAAAACUUUUAUUUGUAUUUUAUUUUAUUUAAAAUAUAAAUAUGUUUAUUUGUAUUUUACUUCAAAUUAUAACUGUGUCACAGAAUCCGUAGUUCUUAUUUUUCCAGUAAAGAUACUCUACACAAAUUUAUCUUUGCCUCAUCUAUGACGUGACUGGAGCUCCUGUUUCAUUUAUGGUGUUUUUAUUCAUGUCUAUCAGAGGAAAACUAAUGCAACUUUAUAUAGUUAUUCCAAGCCCUGAGUUAUGUUGUGUAUCCUUCAGAAAAUGCCCAGUAAGACUGGAAGAAAUAUCUGAAAGAAAACAUUUUUUAAUGGAAUCUCCAAAAAUAAAGUCUGUAAAAUUCCAUCCUCAGCUAUUUACUUUCUUCUCCUCCUCCUCCUCCUCCUCCUCCUCCUCCUCCUCCCCCUCCUCCUCCUCUUAAGAUAUGAAGCUCUAUAUUGUGCACAUAUAUUGUAAAAUUUACUUUGGGAAAAUGGAAAGAUUUUCUGAAAAAGUUGUAGAGACAGAUCAGACAUACAAAAUGCAUAGAACACUAUUUGCAGCUUUGCUAAAUGAUUGCUACAAACACUAAAUGCCAUACAGACAUGCAGGGAGGAACCCUGAAAGCCAGCACAGUAAGGAAUAUUGUCAUGCAGAGCCUGGGCCUGCAGUGGAUGCAGAAUAGCCCAUUCUUGCUGGUCAGUGCCCGUUUCAGUGCUGUGUAAAAUCAGCGUGCUUCCCACACAGAGCGGUUUUAAUUUAAAUCCCUCUGGAGUCCUCUCCCACCAGACUGGAAAUGUUAGGCUCCCCAGGGCAGAUCCCAGGUGCCAGGAGCCUCCCACUUCAUGGGCACUCUAUUUCAGUUUUCAUACCCAGACCUGUUUUACAGAUUGUUGGCUCUCCUCCUACUUUCACAUAUUUUACUCUUACUAUAGGUAGAAUUUGUUGCCCUGAUAUUCAUAUGUUGAAAUCUUAACCCUCAUAGCCUAAAGGAGUUAUCAACUGAAACUUCACAAAUUGCCAUGUUGAUAUUGUAGUUGUAAAACUAACAAGAUGGUCAUUAACAGCAAUCCCUCUCUAUCUUUACCUUGCCUUCUUUCCAGAACCUUAAACUACAUAUUUUGAUGUACUGUAGUAUGUAUAUAACACUCAUAUGCUAUUAAUUGGCUUCUUGUCUGCCUCCUCCUGUUUACAGUUAUAUUCUCUAGUACCUGGAACUUAGUGUGCACUAAUAAAUACUUGUUGAAUGGAUGAAUGAAGGAGUGAGUGGUCUUUAAGUUGAUGCUCUGAUUAGUCCUUAUGAAAGAAGGGACUUACCUUCUGGGUUUUCUACUCUCUGAGUUUUCUGGGUGAAGACAUGAGAAAAACCUGGCUUAUGGGGGCUGGAGUAGUGAUGGGGGAGGUUUAAAAAGGGAAUGAUUGUUUAUUAACAAAAAAUUUCAGCAAUUCCACUAUCAGUUAUCAAGUUGUGCCAUGCUUCAGGAUACCGUAUGGUCUAAGGGACUUCUUGAUGACUUUCCAGUUUUCUACUGAGUGGUCAUAAAGUUCACCUUCUUAAUACUAAAUUCACCACCUCUUUGCUCAUCCUUCCGGUUUGAUUCACAAAGAAGAAGGGAGCUAUGUGAAAAGGAAGCUUAAUUUCCUGGACUCACCCUAUUAUAGUCAUAACUAAACCAUUUGCAGAUUUUUUUCCCUUCCACAGCAUAAAACAAUGAUCACACUUGACCUAUAUUAAAAAUAAGUUGAAGCAUAUAUUCUUCAUUGAGAAAGACACUAAGAGCUAGUCACACGUCUAAAAAGCUCUUUCAUGUGGUUCAAAUAGCAAAGCUAUGAAGAUUUUUAAAUCUAACGAUUUUUUGUUGUUGUUUUCUUUGGAAGCGGCAUUUAAAAUUCAGAUUAAUUAUUGAGUUGUUAAUGUGUUCUAGAAUCUUGUAAGUAAGAUUUGAAAAACCAUCUUAGAAAAACCUGCAUUUGCCUAGUUAAAACAGUGUAGGGUUUGACGGUAAAUAGGUUGACUCAUGGUUGCACAACUUCUUGCCCUAGUGUUUGUAAUUCCAGACACCCAGUUCCCUGGAAGAAAGAAAGGUUUUGAACUGGAGUUGGUCCCUUGAGUGGAACAGUUAAUAGAUUAUGUCCUGAUAGAUUACGUUUGAGAACAGUAUUUCUUCAUGGGCAGCCUGUGUACUGUUAGAUCUCCACUUGCCUUAUCUUUUGAGCUGCAUGAUUAGAAGUGGUUACUGCAGUGCUGUGGAAAAAUUCACCAGGAGGUUAUCAUAUUUAAUGUUUCAGAAAACUUGCUUUUGAAGGCGAUAACAACAUUUCUUAAUCACUGUGCCGUUGGGCAAGCACAGGUGUGUUGCAUAUCGUUAAAUCGCUCUUUCCUGAGGACAUAAUGUUGUUCUUUGAAAGUAUUUGGCUCUCUUUCCACUUCUUUUUCUCCUGCCUUCUCCUUAUGCCAAAGAAAGCACAUUUCCCAGACUCACUCUUCAUGUAAGGUAUUCCUUCAGAUAUUCUAAGGAAUAUGUGUGUAUGUAUGUUCUUUAAAAUCACAUUCAACCCCAGUUCCAUAUCCAAGCUCAAGGAUGAAUGUUUCCCAUUCCUUUCUGGUCUACAUACGUGGACUGAGCAUCUCUUGUGUACAGAGAUCUAGAGAUAAAAACUUUGACAAAGUACCAGUACCAGUCCUCAAGGCACUUAAAAUCCACCUGGAUAAACAGACUUACAGAGAGGCCACAUUCUGUAUUCUUCCCUUCAUCUGCCUCCUGUUAAAGUCAGGGAGAAUGAUGGUGUCACAGACAGUUCAAUCCUAGUAACAAAAAUGGUGGAUUGGAAUGAUAUUUCAGUCCAUGGUGGUUACGUUCAAAUUAUAAGUCUUGAAAGGACAGUGAUGGAAAAGCAGGGGAACAUUGAUAUGGAUUGGUUCUAUGAAGCUGGCUACCUUUUCAUUUUAACUGAAAGAUAAAACCAAAACCUUUGAUCUGCCAUCAGAACCUGCUACAGCUUUAGCCUGAACCUACUUUUCCAUCUUCCCACGCGGACACUUUGCUUUUUCAGCUAGAUAAUUCUAAUUACCUUCUGGCCAGAAGCUGAUGGUUUAUCUUGCAUGAACAAUGAGUGAAAGAAUGAAUGAAUGAACUGAAGUACAAAUGUAUGGAUUUCUUCUUCCACUGCUAUUUUCACACCAUUUUCGACAUAUUCUACAUCAAGGAUAUUCUAAUUCCAAAUUCCAGAGAAAGAGGGGAUCUGACUGGUGUGGCUAGGAUUGGGCAUCUCUUGUUUCCUACAGAGAGCUGAGUUUUGGAAGUCAGCCAGAUGCCCACUCAGCCAGCAUCCUGCGCACACCCUCUGAGAAGGGAUUCCUGGGCAAGACCUGCCAUUCCUUGGAGUAGCUUGCAGAACAGAGUUCUUUAAGAGAGUGAUGGGUAUCAAGUGUCUGGAAGGAGCAGUCAGAAGCAAAGAGUUGCUGGUUAUUCUCCUUUGCCCUUGAAAUUGGUAAGAAGUUGAAGUGGGGACCAGAAUUGGAAUGGCUUAAAAGGAAUAUGAAGUGGUAUUUUGAGGGGAAAGCCAAGCCUCUGUUAGGGCAAGUUGAAGGAGGACGGAAUAUUUUUUAAAAUAAGAUUGAAGAGAAGAGAAAAUGUUAUCUUUUUAUUUUUUUAAUAAGGAAACAUACUUAUGUUUUGCCAUAAUUUUUCUCACUACCUCAUUAUGAUUAAAUAUGCACUGAAUGAGACUACAUGUGUAUUAUUACUUUUUAAAAAUGCAUCCUACUUCCAAACUGUAUAAAUUUAAGGAAAGCAACCCACUUUUAGGUUGGAUUUUGCCUAUGAUUAUUGAAUGACGCCAUGAAAGAUGUGUGAGUGAAAUGAGUCAGUGAAAACAGAGCAACGGGGAAUGAGAAGUAGGCAUGCCUGGAAAACUAUCAGCUUCAUGUAGUUUAGAUAAUUCACUUCAAAACAUAUUUGCUAUUCUAUUAGUUUGCUGGCAGAACUAGUGUUCAAAGUUAACCUAGCAUAGUCCAGCCAAGACGGCUAAAACAUAUUUGCAAAAUCUUUCUAGAUUAAUUUAGAAUUACAUAUUAUAGAACAAUUAAUCAGGUCUGAUAAGAGGAGAUCCUUCCCUUUUUACACUUCCUGUGAAAAGUGGUGCCCUUGCCGUAGAGGCCUUCACACAGGGAGAGUUGACUGGAGAUCAAAGGGAACCUGUUACCCUUGUUUUUCUUUCUGAGUGAAAAGCAAAAGGUAAAUAUCAUAGUCGAAUGAAAAAGUAAAUUGGAUUUUAAAGUUUUAUGUGUAUUUUCCCACUCUGAGGCGCUCAGACUUCGUUCAGCUGUACAGUUAUAAUUGAAAAAAACCUCUUAAAAUGUGACACGUCCCCAUGAGUGUGUUUUAGUAUAUAUUAGGUGAGUGCGUUUUACACUAUUGGAUGGGGAUGCUGUCAUAUAGUAUUUGUUAUGUUUAUAGCAUAACAUUACAUGUGCAUGCAUGUACACCACAAUAUUAUAGAUAUGUAAGUUUAUGUACCUACAUACUUAUUCAUAAUUGAAAUUAUUACUUCCUUUGAUCCUAAAACAUUCUAGAGUGUCUAUUCAUUUAAAGAACAUAAAGCUGUGGUUAACAUUCUCCACUUUAUUUAAGACAGGCUUUCAAAAUAAGCAAAUGUGAAGUGAAUUUUUAACUAAUAAAUCUUACUUUCCAAUUGAUCUUAACUUUUAAUGUGAUGCAUUCCCAGAAGAAGAAAAUUUCCAGUAAAUGCUAUAAAUGUUAGAGGGAAGGCCUGAAGGAUUCGGUUAUCUCCAAAGUGUUAUAGAUUGAACUGUGUUCCCCCAAAGUUGCUAUAGUGAAAUCCUAACCCCCAGUCUCUCAAAAGAUGACCUUAUUUGGAAAUAAGAUCAUUACAGACAUCAUUAGUUCAGAUAACGUCAUUCUAGAGUGGACGAAGCCCCUAAACUAAUAUUACUGAUACCCUCAUUGAAAGGGGAAAUUUGGACAUGCAGAAAUUCGUGGAAGGAAGACCUUGUGAAGAGACACAGGGAGAAGAUGGCCACUUAGAAGUGACCAUGCAGAGGCCAGAGACAUUCCUUCACAGCUCCUUUGAGGGAACCCACUCUGCUGACACCUUCAUUUUGCACUUCUGGUCUCCAAAACAAUGAGACAAGAAAUUUCUCCUGUUUGAGCCACCCAGUUUGUGAUACUUGAUUUGACAGCCUUAGCAGACAGAUACACCUGCCUAAGUAGUUUCAUUAGUGGUAUAGUCAUGCAGGAGGCUAGGGCCACUCCCCACCAGGAAGCGACUUUCAUUUUGCAAAUUCCAACUCCAUACCCAGCUCCUGGAACUUUCCUUGCACUUCUCUUGAAUGUUGGACAUUUUUAAUGUCUGGUAAGGCUGAGCUGUGAUAGUGCUAGUUCAGAAGGAUCCAGAGCACCAACUGAACAUGCCUUUGUAAGAAGGUAUCCAUUCUGUGUUUUAUGAAGUACACAGAGGCAAGCCAAGGGAUACAGACAAAGCACAUACAGAGGCUGGAUUCUUGCUUUGUCCCUUUGAUCCCUGGCCUUGGGUAGCUCCCUUAAAUUCACAAUUGACCUUUUAAUUUGUAAAAUAGAAGAUAGUCUAUCUUUUUGUGACUCUGUGAGUCUAAUUUCAAAAGUUAGAAAACUAUCAGCUUCAUAUAGUUUAGACAAUUCACUUCAAAACAUAUUUUAAGUAAAUUGGAUUUUUGAUAUUGAUAUUACAAUAAGCAUAAGUAAGCAUACAUGCAAUAAUAACAUUUCACAGUUUUUUUAACGCUUUAUAUUAUCCAAGUAAAAAUGUCUUUUUUUUUUUAAUUCAAAGUACAGAACAUCUUCUAGUGCAAAACACAGUCUCUGACUUUAGCCAUCUCCACCCUCCUCAACCCCCAGUGCACUUCCCAGAGGAAACCACGGGUAACAGUUUCCAUAUUUAGCUCUUUCCGCGGUUACCACCCUAACUUAAUAAUGUGCUUAUGCUACAUUUCCUUGAUGAUCAGCUCUAGACAUUAUCUCCUCACUCGCCACCACUUGCUCCUUUUAAAGCAAAGAAGCACUGAUUCAGCACACGUUCCUGAUGGCCUGUAGGUCAGCGGGCCUCCUUCAGAGUUUGGCUCACUGUGGAUCUAAUUCAAGCAAAGAGCUGUAGCUUCAGUCAAAGGGAAACCACGGUUAGAUGGUUUCCACGGGGCACGACACAGCAUUGGCAGGAGUUUGAUUAAUGACAAGUUUAAAUUGGACCUGAGUUGUCAUGUUUUUACUCCUAUAUUUUUUUGUCUGACCAUAUUUAUUUUAAUGAAAAUAAAACAAAAGCUGAACUUAAUAUAUCACAUGUUGCUUUCAUAAAAAGAGAAAAUAUCUGAUAGCUAAUUAAUUUUAAAAAUCUACUUAUUGAGAGAUGGCAACCCGGGAAGGUGGUCCCUGCUUCUUUGAUCUUAACUCAUCACUAACUUAACUGAUAUGAAGAAGUCAACUGAUGGGCAUUUGUGGCAUUGGUUUGCUUUGAUGUUGCAGCUUUCUCUUUCUAGAAAUUUCCUACUGGUUACUCAAAGAGGAAGGCUGAUGAGAGAAAGAAGAGAAUUGAAGCAACCAUUACUGUUUCUUGGAAACACAGCCUUCUGUAAUUCCCAUUAUUCCAGAAAAGCUAUUACAUAAAUGACUUUGACUUAUCACCUAGAAAAACCUCUUUACCAUCCAUGAUGGCAAGAAAAUAUAUUUUACAUAAGUUCUCAUAUUGGCCACUUUGGGUUCCUUCAAGCCCCAUCGAAUCCUCUGACUCAUCCCCUGCUCAUCUCCAGCUCUUGGUCAUGAGAGGAAGUGUCACCAAAAAGGAGAGAGAAAACCCUGAUUUCAACAGAAUUUCACAGAUAAAUGUUUAAGAUCUAGCUGAAAAAGACUCAUUAAAGGAUGUGUUGAUAAGCACAUUUGUUGGUAGGGUUAGGAAAAAAAAAAUGUAGCAGGGGUUCUGUUUUGCAAACAUUUGCCACUUACCCAUGUUCUUUCUGGAAACUCCCUCUUGCCUGGCUGGCUUGUCAGAGCACUCUUUCCUGAUUAUCCUGCUCCGGGGCAGGUCUUGCUUCCUACACUAUCAUCUCCCACAUGUCUUUAAUAGGAUUUCAAUAAAAUGUCUUAUCUUCUGUUUUCAGAGUUCCAGAUGUAAUUUCCUUGCAGACAAUUCUAAAUCUCUUUCUCCAGCCCUUGCAUCUGUCCUGAACUUCAGGCUUGCCCACCAGAUGUUCCUGCAGGCAUGACCCCAAAUUUUCUCAAAUUUGACAUGCUGCAAAUCCCAAAUCAUUUCUCCCUCCAGUUUAGCUUCCCUCCUCCCAGGGACUCAAACAGGGUAACACACUCAUGCUCUGUCCACUCAGCCAGGCCAGAAAACCAAGCUCUGCCUCUGUCCACAGCCUCUUUCCAGAAUUCUUUUCAUUUUACCCAUGUUUUUCAAAUCGAUGUUAUUUCCCCAGGCCUGCUGCCCAGGUCCCAGCCAGAUCAUAUCAUUCUGUUUCUAGACUAUAGGAAGAUCUUCUCAGUUCUCAGUCAUCAGCUUCUUUCAUCCUACAUUUUAAAUUUUUAUAUUUGUCCAGAACUAUCUUACUUAAUGAAAUCAUUAUUAUGUUAUUCACCUGCUUGAAAAUCCUUGAUUAGAUCCCUGAAAACUAUAGGAAUACCACCAGAACUUCAGAGCCUGACACCCACCACUUUUCAAACUGUCCCCAUUGGACGUUCCGCAUAUACCCAGGGUCCACAUGGAGUGCAUAGAGGCCUGGUGAAUAGAUGAAGAAUGAAUAAGCCAAUCUUUGAGUGGAUGAAUGAGUGAAUACCUCAAUAGGCCUCGAGCACCCACCAUAUACAUGUCAUGUGCUGCCAGGAAAGCUAUCUGCCUCCUUCUGAAAUAGAAUCAAUAUGUCGUUGCCAUUAAGGUUUUUCAUGACCAUGCCAAUCUCAAUCAAUUUCUUUUCAAUCUGUGGUUCUGGGGCAUUUUAUUCAUGCUACAAUGUGGCCAUUAAUACAUGUCAUGGUUAUUUAUGUGUGUGUUGGGUAUUCACAGCAACAGGGUCUCUGAAUGGCAGUGAGGGCUCCCCGACUAGCACAGACCUGGCAUGCCCAAGAAAUAAGCUCAGGAUGGAGUUCUGCCACCACUGAUUUAGAAACUCACUGUAUUUUUCUGCAGUUCAAUAGCCACAAAUAUUUCCCCUCCUCCAUUCUCUAAUCCUUAAAUCUACUCUUUGCAACCCUGUUGGAUGAAUCCUUUUGUUCUGAAAAUGAAAGGUUAGAACACCCAUGAAAUGAGGGGUCAGAACUCCUGAUUUAGAGGUCAUUGCCUUCUUAAAAAUAUAUGAAGUUUUUUUUUUUUUUUUUUCAUUUUUUUGGUGACUGGUUGUUUUAGAGUUUGAGGCAACCUAGGUUGCAAAAUAAGUAUAAAAUCAUUUUGUGGUGUAGGAGACAUCAUUCAGGAAAUUUUUAGCUGCCUAACCAUUUCACAUCAUUUUUUUUAUUUGAGAGUAAAUAAAGAGCCAUGAAGAAAUGUUCCUGGGGACAAGAAGGUGACAUAGUUAAGCUUAAAGUGAGCCUAAUAACUGUAUUUUCUCUGCUAACCGGAGUCUCAGAACCCACCUGAGUUGUAUCAAAUAAAUGCAGUCAUUUCAGUUUGGGGCCACAUUUGUAGGCACAUAUGGAGUCCGGAUGUGGCUGACAUUAACCGUGGGAUAUUAGUAGAGCUGUAGUUUGCAGAACAGGUACAUAAGUUUUAGACUUGAGAGAGAGAGUUCAGGAGAACAUGAGUCUAACCAGAGCAUUUCUGCUGCUGCUGCAGAUGCCACUGUUAAUCGAAAUUGCUUAUUAUUUUAACUACUUUCAAUGGUGCUUUGGGGGAUACUGUUGCCUUCGUAUUAUCUAAAUCUGUCCCUGCCACCAGUGACUGGACAAUGUAGGGCACUUUAACAGACAUCUUAUUACCUGAGAAUAGGAUUCUAGUUUCCUGUAUUAGAAUCAGGCAUUUCUCCUGGGAUUUCACCUUCUGUUCAAAGCUUGAACCACUUUGGUAGGAAAAAUGUGGUCCUAAUAAUGUUCUCCAGGCACCUGUGGCUUGCAAAGUACUUAAAGCUUAUUAACUCAUUAAUCCUCUUUGUGAAUUUUGUAAGGAAUGUAGAUGUCAAGUUGUGUUUUCCUCCUCCCAGGGACUGAAUUUGAAGCACAAACUUGCACAGGCCUUUGGGAAUCAUUGGUGGAACAUACAAAGAAGGGACCCUACCAUCUUGAAGUGUCUGAAAUCAAUAUUUAGCAGCUGAUUUUUUUUCUUUUUCUUUGUCUUUUUGCUGUAACUCCAAUGUGGAUCUCCUCUCUAUAACCAUCAUGAACAGUCUUCAUUAGGUAAAUCUAGCUGGAAACAUGAGCUGAAAAAUAAAACUGGAAGUCAACAGCACUUGUUCAAUUGAAUGGGGAAUAGAUACGUCUAAGGUCGAUACCAUGAUACAUGCUCUUGGUAUUUCCCCAAAUUUCAUAUGCUUAUCCAUUCAUUGAGUCCCCUUAUAUGCACAGGGUAAAGUUUGUUUAAUCCCCUUAGAAACAUGUAUGACGCAAAUAAAACCAUGGUGAUUGAUCUUUCAAA